AUUGGUCCUUGAGAUGUCCUGUAGAAUGGACCUGCUGCUGUUGUGAGAGAAAAAUAUCCCACUGCUUCCACGCUGAGGCUCGUUAUUGUUUCAUUUUAAGACGGCAUGCGAUGGUUUUGAAGAAAAGAUGACUUCCAUCCGGAGUUUUUGACCGACUAAGAUUCUCAUCAAACAGGCCAAAGCUGAGAUUCCACACAGACUGACCCAUGCUUUCUGAUGAGCUCGACUCCAAACCUGAGCUGCUGGUGCAGUUUGUACAGAGCGCUUCCAUCCCGCUGGUGCAGGGUUUGGAGGACUCAGAGUCCAAACACUCCUGCCUGCCUCUGCUGGCUCCAGCUGAUGGCUCCCUCUGCAGCUCGCUGCAGCUCACAGAUGGCAGCCUGAGCCAUGAGCCUGAAACGUCUCCCUCCCUGUCCGAGUUUGGAGGCGUGUCGGAGCAAAGCCCACUCGUGAGCCAGACGGAGUCUCACCCACAGGCCUCCCCCAGCCCUCCUCCUAUCCUCCAUGACCUGCAGCAGUCAGACAGCACUUCCUACGUCCUGCUGAACCUUGCCAAAGGCAUCACAGCCUCCUCAGAGUCCCUGAUCUUUGCUGCAGAUGGUGCAGGGGAGGAUGAAGAUGAGGCCGUCUCCUCAGGGGACUAUGGGUUAGAUGGUAACGCUCCCUGGUAUCUGCGGGUUCAGGAGUUGGCACAUGACAGCCUGAUCGCUGCCACACGGGCACAACUUGCUCGAGAUGCCAAAGCCAGCCUGGAUGCCAGAGCUACAUGUGCCAGUAACGGAGACCACACACACACUUUGACAUCAGACGUGGGCAAGCGCGAGUUGCCGUCUCGUACCAGCCGCCUGUCCUCUAAGCAGAUCCUGCGCUGCUCAUUUGAGGGUUGCUCCAGGACCUUCACCUGGCCGGCUCAUCUCAAAUACCAUCUCAAAACACACAGGAAUGACCGUAUGUUUAGGUGCGGCGCGGAGGGUUGCGGGAAGAGCUUCUACGUGCUGCAGAGGCUGCAGGUUCACAUGAGGACUCAUAACGGCGAGAAACCCUUCAUCUGCAAGGAGAAGAACUGUGGCAAGAAGUUCACCACUGCAGGAAACCUGAAGAACCACAGACGCACACACACAGGAGAGAAGCCUUUUCUGUGUGAAGCAGAUGGUUGUGGGCGAUCCUUCGCUGAGUAUUCCAGUCUACGAAAACACAUGCUUGUGCAUUCUGGCGAGAAGCCUCAUCACUGUGGAAUCUGCGGUAAGACCUUCUCUCAGUCUGGCAGCAGGAACGUGCACAUGAGGAAGAGACACGGCGAGGAUGCGCUCUGCAGCGAGAGCAGAGAAGCAGGCGAGGCUCUGACACAAAGCAGUCUGCUGGAGGCAGACGGAGAGACUGGCCAGAGCAUGGUCACCAUGACAACCACUGUGGAGCCCAUGAACCUACAUCACGCUAUGCUGAGAUCUCCAGCUUCUGCAGACUCGGUGGUCAUCCUCUCUCAGCCACAUGACCUGGUAACCAUGACGACAGAAGGGCACUCGUACGGAGAUGAUGUGGUGGCGCUGCUGUAGAAGGCCGACGGUGAUGGAGUGGACUUUCUGUAAAUAGGUUAAAUCGCUCGUGUAGAUAUUUGUAAUUAACAGCCAGUGAUGCUUUUAUUUUCAGGUGUGUGUGUGAGAGAGAGAGAGAGAGAGAGAAAAAAAAAUGCUCCCAAAGAAACAGACGGGUUAAAAGGUUCAUGAAAAUGUGAUCCUAUGAAGUAGAAUUGCAGCCAUUGUUAAAGCAAAAAUAAAAACAGACUUACAUUCAAAUUUAAAUAUACUGGGAUAAUAUUUUACUGUAAGAACCGCAGCAGCAAGACGAAUGUUGCAUUAAAGUCAACAAAUCGUCUUUUUUUUAACACAAUACAUUAACUACUGUGAAAACAAAUGCAUAAUUAAUCAUGAGGUUUCCCAGGUCCUGGUGCGUCUGCAGCAUCAGUGCACGGCCCCUAAAGCAGAGUGAUGUCCUCUGUACAUCUGCAGGAGAUGAAAGUGAUCCAGAACGGCUCCCAGAGCCCAGCUCGCCUCCACGUUCUUCACUUUCUUUGUCAGCUACGAACAAAGGGGGGGAUUAAAAAUACUGAAAUGUCUUCUGUAUUUAUUGAAAUAAAGGACUUACUUUUCUG